CUGGAAGGAAGAGAGAGCUGGAGUAUGAGACACCAACGUGGUGGUUUCUUCUUUGCACUGUGGCCAAGCUGCCAGAAGCAAACCAACCUUUAUAUCAUUUAUACCUUUGGGCUUUUCAUCACUUACGUGGUUUUGAGAAUGCCAGCGUUACCAGAACAUCAGGCAGUGUUAAGUGCCUGACAAGCCACUUGAUCAUCAGAUCCAGAGCUUCUGCAAGCAUCAAUUUUUGUUUCCAUGUUAGAACACAAGUCCCCUAAGUAAGGCAGUUACAAGAUAUUACCAUGCAGGAAGAAGUCAUAGAACAUUUUGCAUCAGGAGUGGAAGACAGCAAGGGUAAAAAUAGCAUGACUGUAGGAGAAAACAAACUGCAACCACAGUACAAGAAUCAGCAGAAGACUCCACUUGCCAAACAUCACUCCCCUCUACGGCUUUGUGAUUGAAACUCAUGCUCAGAUGGUGGAUGUUGAUGAUUGUGCCGUUGGAGAUAGCACCAGAAGAAAAAUGGAUGCCCUGACAGAUAGUGCAGUUGAGAUUGUCCCUUUGGAGCUCUAUGAUUCAGCCAGAGCAAAAAUAGCUGCUAAUCUACAAUGGAUCUGUGCUAAAGCCUAUGGAAUAGAUAAUAUCCCAGAAGAGCUGAAGGACCCAUUUUACAUUGACCAGUACGAGCAAGAACAUAUUAAACCACCUGUCAUCAAGCUGUUGCUGUCCAGUGAGCUAUACUGUCGUGUCUGUAGCCUCAUUUUGAAAGGGGAUCAGGUGGCUGCUCUGCAGGGACACCAGUCAGUGAUUCAGGCUCUGUCUCGGAAAGGGAUUUACGUCAUGGAGAGUGAUGAUACCCCUGUGUCUGAAUCUGAUCUCGCCAGUGCACCAAUCAAAAUGGGUUCUCAUAUGGCAAUGAUUGAUGCUCUAAUGAUGGCAUACACUGUAGAAAUGAUCAGCAUUGAAAAGGUGGUUGCUAGUGUCAAACGUUUUUCUACGUUCAGUGCCUCAAAAGAACUACCCUAUGAUCUGGAAGAUGCAAUGGUUUUCUGGAUUAAUAAGGUGAACCUUAAAAUGAGAGAGAUAACAGAAAAAGAGGUCAAAUUAAAACAGCAAUUACUGGAAAGCCCAGGUCACCAAAAGGUGCGUUAUCGACGAGACCAUCUUUCAAGCAGGCAGUUACCUUAUUUCCCAUUACUUGAAGACCUGAUGAAGGAUGGCAGUGAUGGUGCUGCUCUUCUAGCUGUGAUACACUAUUAUUGCCCAGAACAAAUGAAGCUAGACGAUAUCUGUUUGAAGGAGGUAACCUCAAUUGCAGACAGCCUCUAUAAUAUUCAGCUUCUGAGAGAAUUCUCAAAUGAGUAUCUAAACAAAUGUUUUUACCUUACAUUGGAGGACAUGCUAUAUGCUCCUUCAGUUCUGAAGCCUAAUGUUAUGGUUUUCAUUGCGGAACUAUUCUGGUGGUUUGAGAAUGUCAAGCCAGACUUUGUACAGCCCAGGGACAUUCAAGAAAUAAAAGAUGCUAAAACAGUGUUGCAGCAGAAGAGCAGUCGUCCACCUGUUCCUAUUUCCAAUGCAACUAAACGAAGUUUCAUGGCUAGUCCAGCUAGUACAAGUCCAGCAGACCUGCAGCCUUCAAUUCAGCUACCCCCAGAAGCUUGCAACAGGUAUUACCUGCACCCUGAAGAAUCUGACUAUCUUGGCAAAGGAAGCCCUGCCUUUAGCCCAUCCCAUCCAUUACUGCCUUUGAGACAGAAGCAACAGAAAUCAUUGCAAGGGGAAGAUAGCUCCGGUCAUCGACAUCGUUCUAAUUCUUUGACACGAGUUGAUGGGCAGCCACGAGGUUCAGUUCUUGCAUGGCCAGAGAAAAAACCCAGGCCUCUGUCUCAGCCAACACCAUUUGCUCUUCAUCAUGCCGCAAGUAGCGAUGUGGACCCUGGAUCUGGUGACAGCAUUAGCCUGGCUAGAUCAAUCAGUAAAGACAGCCUAGCUUCAAAUAUUGUCAAUCUAACUCCAAAACACCAGUCUCAUCCUUCAUCAAUUAAAACGAAUGGAAAAAGUUUACUGAACAAUGUUGAAAUUGAGGAUGAAGAUGAAGAACUUAUUGCAAUAAUCAGAUCUGAUGAAAUACCAGACCGGGGUGACCUCGAACUGAAGAGUGUGUCAUCCAGGGCACCUAGCCUAGUUGCAACCGCAUGGUCUUCAAAAACACAAAGUGAGGCCAUAGAAAGCAAACCAGAUAGUUUUUACUUAGAACCUUUAAUGCCUGCAGUCCUAAAGCCAGCAAAGGAAAAACAAAUGAUCAAUAAAGAGGAUGAGUGUGGCGAGGGGAAACAAAGGGGCUUUAUAACAAAAAGACUAAAUGAGGGGCACCUCCCUAUGGUCCGUAAAAAAGCAAAUAGCAGUCAUGGUGCUCAUGAUGUCAAUAGGACUUUUACUCCAAUUUCUAGUUCUGAUUUCACCGCAGUUGCAGAGCCCUGUACUGCAGAUUCAAUGACACUCUCUGAGGCAGGAUUAGAAGCUCCUUGUCCGUUAACUAGUAGCAGUUUAGAUCCUUCAUCUCAGGAGCAAUCCAGUGGAGGAUUCUUCCUUCAUACUGCCAAGGUUGAUGAAGAUGUAACAAGCAAAGUCAGUGUCAGCUAUGUGAAAAGUACUAACCCACAUGUUCCCAGUACCACAUGGACUAUGGUGAGACAAGAUUCUGAUUCAGAUCUCGAUGCAGAGGUGGCUGAACAAGAUUUGGUGGUAGUAGAUGACCAUCCAGUAGUCACUAAAUACAUAGGUGAAGAGGAAUCAGCAAAGUUACAAGAGGAUAUGAAGGUAAAGGAACACGAAGAUAAGGAUGAUGCCAGUGGACGUUCAAGUCCAUGUCUGAGUACAAUUUCUCAAGUUAGCAGUGUGUCCAUGACUAGUGGGAGUGUCAGAAUGACUAACUUUGCAGAACGGAAACUCCAAAGACUUAAUAGCUAUGAAACAAAGUCCAGUACAAGUAGUUCCCAAAAGACCACACCAGAUGGGUCAGAGAGCUGCCCAGCACCAUUAACGACUUGGAAACAAAAGCGAGAGCAAAGCCCCACCAGACAAAAUAAAGAUAAUGUCAAUCUUUUGGCUUCUGAACUGGUACAGCUCCACAUGCAGUUGGAGGAGAAGCGAAGAGCAAUAGAAGCUCAAAAGAAAAAAAUGGAGGCUCUGUCUGCUAGGCAGCGACUAAAGCUGGGUAAGGCAGCUUUUUUGCAUGUUGUUAAAAAAGGGAAAAGUGUUGAUGUUCCACAGCCACUUAAACCAGAACACUUUGCAAAAGAAAACUCUCGGAACAGUGGUGACGAUUUAGAUGAAGUUUCUUUGAGUUCAAAGUCAGAGGAAUUUCUGGGAAGAGAGGAAGAGAGAGAAGAAAUGCUUUAUGAUUCACAAGAAGUAACAAAAGUGAAAAUGCAAGAAAACAUAGCUUUUGUUGAGCUACACAAACCAAAAGAAUCUGCUGCUAUGCAUGAAAUAGAAAAAAGCAAGAUUAUUUCUGCUGCUCUUCUAGAAGAUAAUGGUGCUGAAGUGGUGGAUAUCAAUGAAUGUGAUCUUUCCAUUGAAAAACUAAAUGAAACAAUCAGUACACUUCAGCAGGCUAUAUUAAAGAUUUCUCACCAGCAAGAACUUCUUAUGAAAUCUCCAACGGUACCAUCACCAAGUACAAGAAAUAACUCACAGGACCAAAAGGUAAAACCAUCAAUUCAUUUUGUUGAACCCCUCUCUCCAACUGGAAUGAGCAAUCUUCGUAAACCACCUCGACUUGGUCAAGGGCGGAGUCCUCGCUCUGGAAAACCAGUUGAACUGAAAGUCGCUAAAGACAGACAUCAAAACUCAACACGUAUUAAAACCCCAACACAAAGUGUAGAAACCUUACCACAUUUAAGACCAUUUCCAUCUAAUAAUCCAUUCAGGACACCAACAGAAACUGGUUUUGAAAAUAGUCCAGAUCAUGGAAGUGGCUCUCAAGAUAAAUUUUUCUUUGAUAGCUAUAGACGCCAUGAUGAGAGCAAUCAACGGGCAUGUGUUCUUUCUACUUCCAAAGAUGCAAAUAUUAUCUCUGAAAUGAGCAAAGAUGUGAAUAGCAGCUUAAAAGAAGGAUUAAAUUCUUCCGAUGGCUCAGGAAAAGAAAACAUCCCAGUGGAUGAACCACUGAGAAGCAAGGUUAAUCUCAUAGAAGUAGACCUGUCUGACUUAAAAGCCCCGGAUGAAGAAGGCGAAAUUGAAAGCCAGGAAAGCUCUACAGACAUAAUUAAUGAAGGUGAUCAGAAGUCUGGGCUAGGGUUUUUCUUCAAGGAUGAACAGAAAGCAGAAGAUGAACUAGCAAAAAAGCGCGCAGCAUUCCUUUUAAAACAGCAGCGGAAAGCUGAAGAGGCUCGGAUCCGAAAACAGCAGCUUGAGGCAGAAGUUGAACAAAAGAGAGAUGAAGCCCGUCGCAAAGCUGAAGAGGACCGAAUACGAAAAGAGGAAGAGAAGGCCCGAAGAGAACUCAUCAAACAAGAAUACUUGAGAAAAAAACAGCAGCAAAUUUUGGAAGAGCAAGGACUUGGAAAACCCAAAUCAAAACCCAAAAAACCUAGGCCAAAGUCUGUCCAUCGAGAAGAGUCAUACAGUGAUUCAGGAACAAAAUGUUCUUCCACACCUGAUAAUCUAAGUAGUGCUCAGUCUGGUUCCAGCCUGUCUUUGGCCUCAGCAGCAACUACUGAACCUGAAAGCAUACACUCUGGUGGCACUCCUUCGCAACGAGUAGAGUCAAUGGAAUCCUUACCAAUAUUGAGCAGGAAUCCAAGCAGAAACACAGAAAGAGAUUGGGAAAAUGCGUCAACAGCAUCUUCAAUUGCUUCAGUGGCAGAGUACACAGGUCCAAAAUUAUUUAAAGAACCCAGCAGCAAGUCAAACAAACCAAUUAUUCACAACGCUAUAUCCCAUUGCUGUCUUGCUGGAAAAGUGAAUGAACCACAUAAGAAUUCAAUAUUAGAGGAACUAGAGAAGUGUGAUGCCAACCACUACAUUAUUUUGUUCCGUGAUGCUGGCUGCCAGUUUAGAGCACUUUACUGCUACUACCCUGACACUGAAGAAAUCUACAAGCUGACUGGAACAGGGCCAAAGAGCAUCAACAAGAAAAUGAUUGACAAGCUUUAUAAAUAUAGCUCAGACAGAAAACAGUUUAACGUAAUUCCAGCCAAAACCAUGUCUGUCAGCGUGGAUGCUCUUACUAUUCAUAACUAUUUGUGGCAAGCCAAGCGACCUGCAGUGCCAAAGAAGACUCAGACUCGUAAAUGACACUGAAUUUUUGGGGAGAAGAUUGCUGAAUGGGAUUACAUUGAAAGAAGAAACGGUUAUCAUUUUCCUCCAGUUGGGUAUGAAAUGUGCAGAACCAUAAAUAUUUUUAAGAGGCUUCUAAACAAAAGCCAUGGAUGCAAGUAAAUAAGAAUGAAGGAACAAUGCCAGUGUUUUUUUAUGAAUGAUAAAUCUGCUGUUACGCCCAAUGCUAACUACUGAGGCUUUCAAAUGAGAGACUGCAUGUAGCAAGAUCUUUAAUCAGUGGAUUUCCUUUUACUUGAAGCUCUUUGUCGGUACAAAUUGGAAAUAAUUUAGUUUGUUUUUCUCUCCACCUCAUUUCCUCUUUUUUCCCCAUCACUCUUAAAGUUGGCAAGCUCUGAACUUCAGUAGAAGAAUUGAGAACAGAUCUUGGGGGGGUGAGUUUUUGUGUUUUGUUUUGUUUUUUAAUGUUCUUUAGGGAAAAUCAUCCUGUGAGAAUCUUUUUGAGGAACUGUAUAAUAUAUCAGAUUGUUGUACUGUAUCUGCUGCCAACGUUAAGUUCAGUGCUCAGAUUUCUGAAAAAGCCCCAGCCCAUGCUGCUCAGAACAAAGUUUACGUAGAGUAUCUGUUCACUAUAAGCACUGAAAGAUUGCAAAGUCUGUCUUUUUUAAAAAAUAACGUUUGCAAAUUUAAAGAUGACUAUUUCUGGAACACAAUCAUGAAGAAGCAUACAGGUGCUAAUAGCUGGAAUAUGCCUGACUGAAACUUGAGGCAAGCUGAAUGGAGCACAGUUAUCAUUAUUUCAGUUUCAGGUAGUGUCCUAAAGAUUUGUUUGCUUUAAUAAAGACAGAUUCUGGUAGAUGUAGAACAUUUCCACUGAGCACGUUACUCCUGUAUGAUGGUGCACUUAAAGAUCACAAAUUUUAAUGUUUUUAUUAUGUCAUGAAAUGUAAUUCUACUUUCUUUGUCCUGUCUUUAUUCUGAAUGAGCAGCAUGCUCUAAAAUGAAGAGUGUGUACAUUUUUUUUAUUUGGGGUGAUAUAUUAAUAUAUAUUGGUUUGUUUUCUCAUUUAAAAGCAAUUUUUGAACAGAAAUUUGCAUUUGUUUCAAAAGCCCAAAUAAGUCAAACAGCUUUGAUUUCUUUUCAUGUUGAAAUAUUAAAUCUUGAGUUAUGACCUUAAAAAUCUUUGUGGUGUUCAGCAGAUCAAAUUUUUGUUUUGGGGGCAACAGGGCAUAUUUGCAGUUUUAUUUGUUAAAGCUCUCAUUUCCCUUGUAUAUCCAUGCUUUAAAGCAACUAGAGUGCUGUAGCUACAACAUAACUUAUCCAUUAGCAUGUUCCUACUACAUCAUACUUUGACACUACUACCUGAGGAUUUUGUAGGUUUAUAACUUUGGUUUGCACAUGUUUACUUUUAUUCGAGGUGUUACUUGAAUAUAUGUCUUUUAGUGCAGAGGGCACUAUUUGAAUCCUAGAUAUAAAACUGAAGCUCUAAAAUACAAUACAGUGUAAUUAUUAAAUAAACUUUACAAAUAAUGAGAGUUAAACUGAGUCUUGUACAUAAGGGGGAAAAUAGGGUACGUGAUAAAAUGCUAGUUAGAGCAAAGUGAAGGUCUUCCAUUGCAGUCUUCUAAGUCCCCCCCGCCCCCCCCCCCCAAUACUUUGCUGCAACUUUGUAAAUUUUGUUAGAUAGCUGGUUGCGUGUAAAUAACUAAAGGCUUUAUGAUUUCUAAAGUGCUAAGUAUUAAACACUAUUAUAUGAGUAAUUUUUCGGUUACCAUGCUUUUCAUGCUUGUGCUUUAUUUCUCACUGUUUGAUAUUAUAUACCAUAUUUAUUUUAUGAAGCACUGAAAUUUAAUAAAAAUCAUUAACAGA